AUGUAUCACGACAACCCAUCAUCGCGAUCCCCAGGAUCGCAACGCCAUCAGCAACCGCUGCACCGCCAGCCGUCGCGUCAGUUCGAUGCCUACGGACCCAUGCCAUCGAAUCCGUACGACGAUCCUCUCGCCAGGUACGACACUGGACGAAUCGAGCGGCUCAAUCCGCUCCAUGGCGGUACCAAUUAUGGCUACGAGAUUUCGGGCUCGCAGACGUGGAAUCCCAACGGCUUCAGCGGUGCGCACACUCUUGGUGGAAUUGGAUCUGCUACCGGGAGGAUGAAGCCUGCCGGCCGGGGCCGGACCGGAAUACCCACCACAUGGUUAGAUCAGCAACCAGGGGCACCCAGUCCUUUAGCCGGACUAGCUCCUGGUCCUCUCUCAGGAACCCCGAUGCAGUCGGCUGCCAGCCAAGAUGGUGACGAUGAAUUAAUCCCGACCGCUAUUGUGAUUAAGAACAUUCCCUUUGCCGUCAAGAAAGAGCAGCUGGUGCAGUUGAUGACCGAGAUGAAUCUGCCACUCCCCUAUGCCUUCAACUACCACUUUGAUAACGGCGUUUUCCGCGGUCUUGCUUUUGCCAACUUCACUUCCGCCGAAGAGACCGCGACGGUAAUUGACAUGCUGAAUCAUUUUGAGUUGCAAGGACGCAAACUGCGUGUUGAGUAUAAGAAAAUGCUGCCACUGCAGGAACGAGAGCGCAUUGAGAGAGAAAAGCGUGAGCGUCGGGGGCAAUUGGAAGAGCAGCACAGACCAAUGGCUUCCUCGCAACUGCAAACACAGAGCUCUAUGUCGUCUCUUGCCUCUCACAUUCCUGCCACCUCGCCAUCACCGGUUUCGCAACGUGGUCCGAAGCUUGAGGUGGAUCUUAAUGACAGCCAGACCUUGCAAUUCUACUCACAAAUGCUCCUUUUCAAGGAAGACGUUGCUCGGGAAGCCCUGAUCUUCCCCUCAAACCUAACACCUGUUCAACGACGCACCGUACACACCCUUGCCCAUAACAUGGGCCUAGGUCAUGCAUCCCGCGGAACAGGCGAUCAACGUCAAGUGCACGUUUUCCGCGCCGCACCUGGUUCCAAUGUCAGUCCGCCUUUGCCUUCUAUACCUGCUACAGUGCAAUCGACAGAUGCAUCCCGUCGCGGUCUCAACCGUGCUGCCACGAUUGACUUCGGUGAAUCACGAAGUGAAGGACCUGGUCCGUUCAGCACUAUGCGCGGACAAAGCUCGACUUUUCUAGGAGUUCUAGAAUCUCCAGGCGGGUUCGGGAAUUCGCAAAACUUGCGUGCCGCCAAGUCCUUUGCUGACCUGCGCUCUUACACCCCAUCACCUGUACCCUCAUCUGCAAGUUUCCCUGCAACUCUCCAAACCAACGGAACACGUCUUCAGCAGGCAUAUGAUGCCGCAACCACAAGCGGAACCUCAAACACUCCUACACUAACGCCAACCCCAUCCGGCGCUUCUCUUGGUAUGCAGCGCGAAGACGGACUCCUCGUCAACAGUCUCGGCAAUCUCUCUUUAGGAACUGGCCUCGGCGGUCCUUCUGGAAGCCCCAGACGGUUACGAGGAAUGUUCUCGUGGGAACAAGAUAACCAAGGCGCGGGUGCUAUUGGAAGCAACCGCUCUAUUGGUGUAGGAUUUGACAACCAGUCUCAGGAACGCCUUCCUUUACGACAACCCCGAGGACCGGCACCCGAACGUGGCGGCGGGUUUCGACGCCAAAACGGCCACCAAUCCCGUGGUAGCGACGAGCUUCGUACCGGCUCCGGUGUUGAGAUAAUCGUUGAAUAG